ACAUUGAGAGCUACAGCGAAUCCCAGAUAGUAAGCCACUCCAGUCCGGAUCUGGGCUCUUUAACUAUCUGGAAUAGAGGCACACAGCACACAACAGUGAACCUUUUUCACCAAGCUGCUCCAAGAACGAAGCCUGUGUCUUCAAGGUGAAACGUACACAGCUGUUUGACCAGGAAGAUGGUCCGGAAGUCAAUUGUCGCUGGUCUGGCGGUGCUGCUCAUUGCCACAGUGUGUAUCUUCGUUGGUGUGUUUUAUGGGGUAGGCAAGACGCCCCCAUCAGAUUAUGCCUUCUCCAGGGCGGCCGUGGCCGCAGAUGCAGGACCAUGCUCUGAGAUUGGGAGGGACAUUCUGAAGCAGGGUGGGUCGGCAGUGGAUGCCUCUAUUGCCGCCUUGCUGUGCGUGGGGCUCAUGAACGCUCACAGCAUGGGGAUUGGAGGUGGCCUCUUCCUCACCAUCUACAAUGCCUCUACAGGAAAGGUCGAAACCAUUGAUGCUAGAGAGACAGCACCCAGGCUGGCAACUCAAGACAUGUUUGGCAAUGACACCCAGCUUGCCCGCAAAGGGGGGCUGUCGAUUGCUGUCCCAGGAGAGAUUCGCGGGUAUGAGUUGGCGCACAAGCGACACGGCAGGCUACCAUGGAAGGAGCUGUUUCUGCCCAGUAUCCAGCUGGCACGCCAGGGUUUCCCAGUUGGCAAAGCUCUGGCCAACGCCAUCUCAGGGAACAAGAACACCAUCCUGGGUGAUCCUGCAUUAAGGGAAGUGUUUUGUGACUUAAAUGGAAACCUUCUGAAGGAAAAUGACAUCAUUAAAUUUCCCAAACUGGCCAAUACUUAUGAACAGAUAGCCCAAGAGGGACCAGAUGCCUUUUACAAUGGGAUAAUGGCACAAACCAUUGUAAAUGACAUAAAGAAAGCAGGGGGCAUUGUAACACUGGAGGACCUACGAGACUACCGCCCACUGUUGGAUGAGCACCCACUGCAGCUCAGAGUGGGGGGAUACACCAUGCGCGUUCCCAAUGCCCCCUCCAGUGGCCCUGUUCUUGGCCUCAUUCUCAACAUCUUGGGUGGUUUUGGUUUCAGUGCUGAGAGUGUCUCUAGUUCAGACAGGAAGAUCCUGACGUACCACCGCAUUGUGGAGGCCUUCCGCUUCGCCUACGCUCAGAGGAGUCGGGUGGGCGACCCACACUACCUCAACAUCACAGAGUUAAUCCGCAACAUGACCUCGGAAGACUUCGCUGAAGAAAUCCGCCGCAAGAUCACUGACAACACCACGCACCCGAACAGCUACUAUGACCCAGAAUUCUUCGUCACAGAAAACCAUGGGACGGCACACCUCUCUGUGGUGGCGGAGGAUGGGAGCGCAGUGGCUGCAACCAGCACCAUCAACCACUACUUUGGAUCCAAAGUCCGAUCACAGUCGACUGGCAUCAUCUUCAAUAACGAGAUGGAUGACUUCAGCUUGCCCAAUAUCACUAAUGGGUUUGGGGUCCCCCCUUCACCCAACAACUUCAUCAUCCCAGGUAAAAGGCCCUUGUCCUCCAUGUGUCCUGCCAUUCUCUUUGACAAAAACAACAAUGUCAAAAUGGUGGUGGGAGGCUCAGGUGGGACUAAGAUCACCACGGCGACCGCCUUGGUCAUUCUUAACACAUUAUUCUUCAACUAUGACUUGAGGAAGGCAGUGAUCGAACCCAGGAUCCACAACCAGCUGAGCCCCAAUACAACAGUAGUGGAGAGCGGCUUUGAUGAGAGUGUGCUGGCUGGAUUGGAGCUGAAGAACCAUGUGACAGAGGUGGCUACAUCAGGGGCGGUGGUGCAGGCGGUGGUGCAGGCGGUAGUGCGGCAGGGGGGGCAGCUCUUUGCCCAAUCAGACCCUAGGAAGGGCGGCUAUGCAGCAGGGUACUAAUGACCCUGUGCCACACCCCAAACCCAGCAAGCCCAUUGGGUCUGCGACGGCUCUCGGUCCACUCUAAAGCCUCCACCGUGAAUGAGCUGAACCAGAAGUGGAACCAGGAAUGGAACACAAACCAGAAUCAGAAUCGUAUCUAAAACCAGAUCGAGAGAUGCCAAAGACCAAGUGCCUCGGAGGAAGACCUCAGUGUGGGCUGCAGAGGGAGGGAACCGGCCCUAAGUAACCACGGAG